UGUACCUUUGUUGCGGUAAGCCGCCGGAGAAAAUACCACCGUUCUAAAUGACUGCAGAGUAUGAGAUUAUCGCAUCUGCGACUCACUCGCCAGCCGUAAUUAGCUCUGUCGUAAUUAACUCUGUCGUAAUUAGCUCUGCCACGGUAAAGCCCAUCCAGGACCAGCCGCACAAGUGCUUUUCGGAGCGCAGCCGACCUCGAGCCCGGCUGACCCGGUCCAAGGCGGUCACCGCAAUGCACCUCGACCUGUCGCCGUCUCAGGACUGCUGCGCUCGAGACCUAUCCUCCUGUGGCGGCAACGACCCCAUAGCCUCGUCCCAGGGCUGUUUCGUGCCGAGCCCCUGCUCCUCGUACACCUCGGGCCACUCGGCUUCCGUUCCUCACUCGGCCAGCCCCGAAGACGCCUUCGGCUGCUUCGCAGACUUCCAGGAAGAAGAAUUCUUCGCCCAAGACGCCAUAGUUGGUGACGUCAAAGACCACUUCGUCACUGAGAAGCAGCCCUUCUGCGAAGACCUUAGCUCAUUGGGUCUCUUCGUUCAGCACGACCAAGUGUUCGACGCCGCCAGCCCAGCUGAGCCCCUGGUCAGGAGCGACAACAGCCUCGAAUCUCACCGGUUCCCUCUUCCAGAAGGCGCCGCCGCGAGAGAGGACGUUGGCAGAGCCACUGGCAGUCUGAUAGAAGAAGAGUCUCCUGUGGCUGCACUCUUCGAGGCCGACGAACAGCUCAGGAUGGCGCCGGACAUCGGGUCCAGCUGCUCGGACCUGUCUGCCAUGACGAGUUCCUCUCCGACGUUGUCCACCUUCACCAGUAACCGCAGCUCGGCUCGCUCUUCGUUCACGAGCCGUCGGAGCAAGAGGUCGCUGUCCAUAUCUCCAACAUCCACGGACGGCAUGGACCUCAACACCAUCAUCCGCUCUUCACCCACCUCACUUGUGGCGUACCUCAAUGGCAACCGGUGUCCUUCCUCUGUCUCGUCAGCGUCAAGCCUCGCGACGGCGACUGCAGCUCUGGGAGCGUACGGGCACCUGUCGGCUAGGCCCACCAGCCCGCGCUGCAACGCGCAGCACCGAAUAAGCACGCCUUACUCGCCUACCCUCCUCAAGAUGGCCGCCAAAGAAGAACCCGGCUCUCCCUUCGACAACGCCGGUCUCGUCCUGCAGGCAAUCGACGAAGUCGACCAGCUGGCCGACUUCAGGGACUACGACUUCCUGGAACCCGAGGACAACCUGGCCGUCAUCAAGCAGCAGGAAGCAGACAGAGUGCCACCUGCGGCGGUCGUCGCCGACGGCGCGAGAGAAGGCGCCGGCCCCGCGUCGAGAGUCGUCGAGUACGGCGAGGCCGUCGUCGACUCGACUCAACCCCUUCCCAGCGUCGCGUCUCUGCUCGUGGACCUGCAGAAGCCGCCGCCGCCUUCGUACGACCAGCACAUGGCCCGGAAGCUAGCCUUCCAGAAGAUGUACUCCUCGGACAGCAGCCAGCCGUCGAACUACUCGAGCUUCGAGAGCACCGGGUCGGCGGACGCGGCCGAGCUCGCGGAGGUCGACUCGACCACGGGCGGCGAGGUCUUACAGCAGCAGCAGCAAAUCCAACAACAGGCGCGCUCGUACGACUGCCAGUGGAUCGAGUGCCGGGCCCUGUUCGACGAGCAGGAGAGCCUGGUGCGUCACAUCGAGUCGUGCCACAUCGACCAGCGGGUCCGAGACGAGUACACGUGCUUCUGGCAGGGCUGCCCACGCCGUCACCGGCCCUUCAACGCCCGCUACAAGCUUCUCAUACACAUGCGCGUACACUCCGGCGAGAAGCCCAACCGAUGCACGUUCGACGGCUGCACGAAGGCCUUCUCCCGGCUGGAGAACCUCAAGAUCCAUCUUCGGUCGCACACGGGCGAGCGUCCGUACUCCUGCCAGUUCCCGGGCUGCCCCAAGGCGUUCAGCAACUCCUCGGACCGCGCGAAGCACCAACGAACCCACCAGGACACGAAGCCGUACGCUUGCCAAGUUCCCGGGUGCUGCAAGAGGUACACGGACCCCAGCUCGUUACGGAAACACUAUAAAAACCAUCUCUCCAACGAAGACACAGCGAGAAAAAAAAUACGCAGCGAGAACGACCCUGAUUCCGCAAGCAGCGGCAACACCGGCAUGGCCGACAGCUGUCUGGAUUCCUGCCUCCAGCCGGCCUAUGCGUUACGCGAUCGACCCAAGCUGGAACAUGCGGACAGCGGCAUCGGGCGGUCUCCCGGCGCCAGCUCCGUCAACGAGUGCUGCUACCGACCAGGUCCAGCGUCGAGGGCGCUCCAGCUGAGCCACAGCGACAACGACAUCCGUUGCCGCUCGUCACCCAACAGCCGCUACGGCCGCAGUCCGGGACUCUCGGACGACAAGCUCCACCCUCAAGGUUACCCGAUUCCUCUGUUCCGGACGAGUUCAUUCACGGAGACCUGCCUUCCCCGUAGCCCCACGACCAGCGUCCUGCUCGAAGUGCCGCGCUCGGACGUCCACUUCACGUCCAUAGGGGGACAGCAGUGUUCGUUGGAGGUUCCCGUGCCGCUGCAGCAGCGGACGUCCUCGAUGGACCAGACCGACGACGACAUCCAGGAGCCCCUGGCCACGCUCAACAUGUGCGACCUGCGCGCGCUGGGCCACCUGGGGGACUCGUUGAGCUCGCGAGAGGAUUCGGCCGACGAGGCACCGCCGCUGCCCCUCGACCAGCAGCCCCUGCCCCCGUUCGACGCCAGCUUCUACUCGUCGUGCCUGCUCCUCGACGACUUGCCACACUUCGGAGGGGUGUCUUGAAAACAGCCAAAGUGCCACGUGGCGCCAAUGUGCAAUAUCUCCGCGGAAAACCGUGUUCCGCGCUCCGUCCAAGGAUAUCGACUCUGUAUACGCUGUUCGGCCCAGCCGAACCCACGCGUUCGAAAGUGCUGACGUCACUACGGCGAGCUCCGAUUUCCCCGGUGAACCGCUUUGGCGGACUGCUUUUUCUUGUGAAGUGCUCUAUUGGACAGCUCUGGUGGAACUGGGGCAGUCCUAGCACUGCACCUGAAGCCGUAAACUCUGUGGUCGCUUGAGAGAACUCUGAGCUUCACCAGAUCUGCCCCGUGUCUGUUAUUGUUAUUGUUGUUCUUGUAGUUAUGAGAGACCGCGUGCGCAGCGGGGACGCCUCGAUAGUGUUUUUUUUUUUUAUACCUUGGCUCAACAUGUUCGUUAUUCAGCGAUAGCAGACUGACCGAAACAGCUACCCUGGAGGGUAGAAGCAACAGCUACCCUGGAGGGUAGAAGCGAAGUGUCCUUCCUUCGCAUGCUGCAACGUAGAUCAGCGACGAAGCCGUCUCAAGCUGACGGUACAAGCCUCUCAUAUCAGUGGCCACCGAGGAAGGUUGGUCGAUACAUCCCUCUGAAUAAAAACUUAUGAUGAUAUGAAUGUA